CGCGCGCCCCUCCCCUUGCGCGGCAACCAGGUCCCGGAAGCGUGUCGGGCGGGCGGCUCCACUCCUUGUUCGCCAUUCCUGCCUGAGGAAGCGAGCUGGUGCUGCAGCGACUAAGAUACUCCGAGAAAUACUAAACUAAAAGUGUUUUAGAAAGGUUUUUAGCGGACGAUGGCAGAGCAGGAUCCUACCCCCGAGCAGCUGGCAGCGAUCGCAGCAGAGAACCGGGAAGAAGAGUCCUCGGUGAACUACAAGCCACCAGCGCAGAAAACCCUGCAAGAGAUCCAGCAGCUGGACCAGGACGACGAGAGCCUGCGCAAGUACAAGGAGGCUCUGCUGGGAAAUGUCAGCACCACAGUGGCUGACCCCAAUGCCCCGAAUGUACAGGUGACAAAGCUGACGUUGGUGUGUGAAACUGCUCCUCUGCCUCUAACCCUGGACCUGACAGGUGAUCUGGAAGUCUUUAAGAAGCAGUCGUUUGUCCUGAAGGAGGGAGUGGAGUACAAGAUUAAAAUCAGUUUUAAGGUUAACAGAGAUAUUGUCUCAGGCUUGAAGUACGUCCAACAGACCUACAGGAAAGGCGUUAAGAUUGACAAGACGGACUACAUGGUGGGCAGCUACGGGCCGCGCCCCGAAGAAUAUGAGUUUCUGACACCGCUGGAGGAAGCGCCCAAGGGCAUGCUGGCCAGGGGCACCUACAACAUCAAAUCGAAAUUCACAGACGACGACAAACACGACCAUCUGUCCUGGGAGUGGAACCUCAACAUCAAGAAGGAGUGGAAGGAUUAAUCCCGCCAGCAGCAUCACCCUCACAUUGGGAGAGGCCCGACCUGAGUUAUCAACCACCAACCGAAUCAGCAGCUAUACAGUACACCACCUACGACUACUACUACGCCCCCUACUGUACCAAAGUGAUACCACAACUUUUCCU